ACUCGAGUCCCACGAGCCUCAAUACACUUGCUCGGAGAUACCGCACUCCAAGACUUCAACCCGAAGGAAAAUACCUUUCCUUCGUACAACCAAGGGAAACAAGCUUCUCUAAACGUGUUUACAACACUAAGAACACUCAAGAACAAGACUCUCUUUAAGAGUAGAUGUUGAAACUUCCCAUCGCUGUUUGGCAUGGGUCUGGAAAUUGGUUUGGCUAAGGGACUGCUUACCCAUCGAUGGGAAGAUCUUCCCAUCGCUGGGUGGCAUGAUUCUGGAAUCCCGGGAUCACUUACCCAUGCAUGGCUUGGAAUGGGAAGUGCAGUAGAGACACUAUGUGGACAAGCAUAUGGAGCACACAAGUAUGAGAUGCUUGGGAUAUAUCUGCAGAGAUCAACAAUCCUUCUAAUGCUGGCCGGACUCCCCCUCCUUUUGGCAUACAUCUUCUCCAAACAGAUCUUGCUCUUAUUAGGGGAGUCCCAAGCCGUCGCCUCCGCCUCCGCCCUUUUCGUCUACGGCCUCAUCCCCCAGAUCUUCGCCUACGCCACCAACUUCCCCAUCCAAAAGUUCUUGCAGUCCCAGAGCAUCGUGAACCCUAGCGCAUACAUAUCAGGGGCAACGCUAGUGGUGCACCUAUUGCUGACGUGGGUGGUGGUGUUCGUGCUGGACGGCGGACUGCUGGGGGCGGCGCUGGUGCUCAGCCUGUCGUGGUGGAUCAUAGUGGCGGCGCAGUUCGCCUACAUAGUGCUGUCCAAAAGGUGCGAGAAGACUUGGGGCGGGUUCAGCUGGAGGGCAUUUUCGGGAUUGUGGGAUUUCUUCAAGCUCUCACUUGCCUCUGCCGUUAUGCUGUGUUUGGAGACUUGGUAUUUCCAGAUUAUGGUUUUGAUUGCUGGCCUUCUCCCUGAUCCUGAGGUCGCUUUGGAUUCUCUUGCUGUUUGUUCAACCAUUCUGGGAUGGGUGUUCAUGAUAUCUGUAGGCUUCAAUGCAGCUGCAAGUGUGAGAGUGAGCAAUGAGCUAGGGGCAGGGCAUCCCAAGUCGGCCUCAUUUUCAGUGCUUGUGGUGACGCUGAGCUCUUUCCUGAUUGCGGCAGCGUGCGGGGUUCUGGUGGUGGUCCUCCGCCACCGGCUCAGCUUCGUCUUCACCGGCGGCCAGAGGAUCGCGGACGCCGUCUCGGACCUAGCCCCUCUCUUGGCCGUCUCCAUUGUUCUCAACGGCAUUCAGCCCGUGCUUUCCGGGGUGGCGGUUGGGUGUGGGUGGCAGGCAUUUGUGGCCUACGUUAACGUGGGGUGCUACUAUGUUGUCGGCAUCCCUGUCGGUGCUCUUCUUGGUUUCAAAUUCCAAUAUGGUGCUAAGGGAAUUUGGCUUGGAAUGCUUGGAGGAACAGCCAUGCAAACCCUAAUCUUGUUGUGGGUCACUUUUCGCACCGAUUGGGAUAAAGAGGUUGAAGCAGCUCAAAGCCGGUUGAAAAAGUGGCAACGUAAUGGGGAAAUUGCUGAUGAAUAAUAAUUGAGACCAAAAUUUCUGCGAUUUCGAGUAUAUGGUUUGCCAGUUUGGUAAAAAAGAAAUGUCUCCCAUCCGUUUGCGUUUGAUUUUUUUUCCGUUCAGAUUACGAUAUUAAAUUGAGUUUAUGUGU